GCCGAGGGGGGCUGAGGGAGGCGCCGGGUACGACAGGGUACGGUCCGAUCCGAUCCUCACAGCCGCCAUCGCCGCCCUCCUCACCGCCGACGGACAGACCGAGCGAGCGAGCGAGCGAGCGGGCGGGACAGCGGGCGGGAGAGCGAGCGAGCGACAGGGCAACGACGGGGGCACCGAGCCUCGCCGCUGGGGCCCGACGCCCGGUAAUUGCCAUUCCAGUUGACCAACCGGAAACCACACCCUAGUGGCCUGUGGAGCUCUCAUUGGAUAAGAGAUGCAGGAAAUAAAAACGAUGGCCUCGGGCAGCUCCAGCAGCGAGGAAGAGCGCAGCCUCCGAGAGUGCGAGCACUAUGUCCAGAAGCACAACAUCCAGGCACUCCUCAAGGACUGCAUCGUGCAGCUGUGCACCGCCCGGCCCGAGAGACCCAUGGCUUUCCUGCGGGAUAUCUUCGAGAGGCUGGAGAAGGAGGAGGCCAAACAGCUCCAGAACCUGCAGAAAGCAAGCUCCCGUUCAGAUUCUCGCGAGGAUGAAAUCUCUCCCCCGCCUCCCAUGAACCCAGUGGUCAAGGGCCGGAGGCGACGGGGCGCCAUCAGCGCCGAAGUGUACACGGAGGAGGAUGCCGCGUCCUACGUCAGAAAGGUGAUUCCAAAAGAUUACAAGACUAUGGCCGCUCUGGCUAAAGCAAUCGAGAAGAACGUACUGUUUGCCCACCUCGAUGACAACGAGAGAAGUGAUAUUUUUGAUGCCAUGUUCCCGGUCACCUAUAUCGCCGGAGAGACAGUAAUACAGCAAGGUGAUGAAGGAGAUAACUUCUACGUGGUUGAUCAAGGAGAAAUGGAUGUCUAUGUCAACAAUGAGUGGGCGACCAACGUCGGAGAAGGAGGGAGCUUUGGAGAGCUUGCUUUAAUUUAUGGAACACCCAGAGCGGCUACUGUCAAAGCAAAGACGAAUGUGAAGCUGUGGGGAAUUGAUAGAGACAGCUAUAGAAGAAUCCUUAUGGGAAGCACCCUGAGGAAGCGAAAGAUGUAUGAAGAAUUCCUGAGUAAAGUAUCUAUAUUAGAAUCACUGGACAAAUGGGAGCGUCUGACGGUAGCUGAUGCAUUAGAACCUGUUCAAUUUGAGGAUGGGCAGAAGAUUGUGGUGCAAGGAGAACCAGGAGAUGAGUUCUUCAUUAUCUUAGAGGGCUCGGCCGCCGUGCUCCAGCGCCGGUCGGAAAACGAAGAAUUCGUCGAAGUGGGACGGUUGGGGCCUUCGGAUUAUUUCGGUGAAAUCGCCCUCUUGAUGAACCGCCCUCGGGCCGCCACCGUGGUAGCCCGGGGCCCCUUGAAAUGCGUCAAGCUGGACAGGCCCCGGUUCGAGCGCGUCCUGGGUCCCUGCUCGGACAUCCUCAAGAGAAACAUCCAGCAGUACAACAGCUUCGUCUCACUGUCCGUCUGAAAACGCCGCUCCCCUGCUCCGUCCGGGCUUCGCCGACGCAGACUGCUUUCUUUUCUCCAUUCGCGGGGCCUCGUGGCCCCUGGCGUUACAGCUUCCUGUCUCUUUAUAAAUAUAUAUAUAUAUAUUACAUACAUACACGCACACAUACAUAUAUACACAAACACACACAUACAUAUAUGUGUAUGUAUAAAAAGUAGCUUUCAUUGCACCGUGUUUAAUUUGGAGCAUUAGUUGAAGCGCUCCAACCUCCAGUUUAGAAAGAGUUCAGUGGAGACUUGGCUGUUACUGCUUCUCUCUGUGCAGUGUUCACGUCACGACUCCGGCCUCGGGUGCCGUGUUUUGCGGGGGGGGGGGAGGGAAAACCCCUCUCCCCCACUCCAGACCCAAACGAAUCACCAUAGAGCGAGGAUGUAACAGCGGAAAAUAUUUUUUUAAUACGAUACGUGCUUUUCGAAUUACUGUCUGCAUAUUUUAGGCCGUGGUCAUAAUCUGCUGUAUUUCUUGAGCUAAACUAAACCAAGGGACUCACCGAGCUCCACGAAGGUAGACCGUUUUCUGGGUACCGCAAUCGGCGCAAUGGAGAGGGGCGUGGGCCUAAAUUCAGAGAGUAGCGGGGAGCGGGGAACAGGCCCACGUCCGUUAGUUUUAAUGUAGCUUCAAUGGUAGAGUUUAGCGUUCCGAGCUUUGAGGGAUUUUGGUCAGCACAGCUUAACCGAUUCUUACCCGCUCGGCCCCCGACCCGCGCUUCUCCUGUUGGGGCUCGACCCCCGUCCCCCCGCCCUCCAGACUGGGUCGAAAGAUCUUCGGUUCCAAAAAUCACCCCGAUAGUUCCUCCCCUUCCACCCAGCUCGUGCCAAAUGGUAAAGGGGAGCACCGCACUAUUUGAAUUUGAGGCGACCCACCUUCUAAUGGUCUUACCUUGCUGCUUUCCGCUUAAGGCGAAGCCCCCGGUUUUCUCCUCCGUUGGGUCGGGUCCGGGUUACUUAGGAGCGCUCUGAGCUUCCUUCCGCUCACGUGUCCUCCGUUCCCAGCAGGUGGGUUGGAACAGCAGUCCUGAAAGCAACACGGAGGGACUUAUGACUGAUAGAGGAAAUGCCGUUCUCUCCCGCUAGAUUCAAUUUCUCGUUUAUUUUCACGUGUCAGCUGGUGUUCUGGUGAAUGGGGUGGGUCUACUUUUUGGGUGUUCUUAAAAGCUGGUCAACCCCCCACCCAUCUUACCGAUAAUUCUGCCUGUUUACCCAUCUUAGCGUGAUGGUAAAAAUCAUUUUUUUUUUUAAAGUAAGACUUGUUGCUGAGUCCUAACUAUAUUUCAGUAUUUACCAUCUUUGGGUCACAAUAUAUCGUGGUCACACCAGUAAUGUCUGACAGUUUUGUUUUUCAAAGAAUUCCACAGUUCUGUAGUGAGGGCAACUUAAGGUUCAUUUGAUCCAUAAUUCAUCUAGAAUUGGGAAUGACGACAAGCAUUUUGGCUUUUGUGCGGCGUUUGGCUUUAAAAAUCCCCCCGCUCCUUCCUACCUUUUCCCAGGUCGAGUCGGGCAGGGUCGUCGUCUCGCGUUGCCGUCGCUUUCUACGCGGCCGAGAGAGAAAUGGAGGGCUCCGUCCUGCAGGGAGAAUCUUUAGUUCAUUUUGGUAUCGGACAAAACCAAGGCCGUGGGCAGAUAUUCUCGGUUUCUCACAAGACCGUAUCUAACGAGUGUCGUUCACUAGUUCUUUCCUUCGUAGGCAACUCCUUUUUUGCCAAGUUUUUGUUAUUAAUGUUUUGAUUAUCCAGAUCUUCUGUUCUUUUUGAAGCUUGAUUUGGUCUUGGUUGAAGCACCAACAGUAUAUCUAAACAGGUUAUUUAGAAGGCCACGAGAGGCACACUUUGAUAUAUAUAUAUCUGUAUCCAUACCUAUUUAGAUGACUAUAAAAAGACUUUAGUUUUGCUGCUGACUCAUCUCGCGGUUUUGGUCCCUUGUCGUUUUCACCUAAAAGAUUUUAAGGCAAGCCAGUUAUGUCUGAGUUAAAUAUUAAUCACCGUCGUAGCUCUAACUUUGCGUGCAACUUCAAUAGGUCGUAGAAGCCACUGUGGGCAGAGUUCACUUUGGCAAACAGCCAGGGCGCUGGCGGUCCUUUCGGCCCGGCCCAUUUAGGGAACUGGAGCCACCUCCCGCCCUAGACAGCUAGAGAUGGCCAGAGGACCAUUUUUGUAUCGUUACUCGACUUCCGGUCUGAUAUACUGUACGUGCUGAUCUAUCUUAUUCCUUUUGUUAUAGAUUGUCCUAAUGGCAGGUCAAGCAAUAAAAAUGAUUGAAAUUCUUAAAGGCAA